AUGGUGAUGUCGCUUGCUCAGACUGCGCAGCAGACUCUGAUGAUGGUGUCUCAGCAGAGUGCAGCGGCCAACAAGCCACCUCUUGACAAUAGUGGGGGUUUUACUUUAGCCAACAAGGUUCUCAAGUAUCCCGAGCCGUUUGGCACUGAGAAUGCCGAUCAGGAUGCGCUGGGCUGGCUAGCCUGGUCCACCAGUUUCCGUAACUGGGUUACCUUUGCAGAGCCUGCUUAUGAGAGCGAUCUAGCAGAAGUAGAGCAACGCUUGACUGAAGUGCCUCACAUUGCCAAUAUGCCAUCCAUUUGUCUUGAAAGGGCUAGGAAGCUGUAUGUGAUUCUAGGCUCUGUCUUGAAAGGGUCGCUUGCGCUGCUGAGUGCAGUGAUGGGGCUUCCAGCAUUCACGCGUGACCGAACGCUGCGUGAGCAACUCAGCAGCUUCGAGCGGCUGAUCGCCGAGUAUGAGAAGGCCUCUGGCAAUGCACUUCCUGGUGAUGUCAAGCUGUCAGUUGUACUUAGAGCCAUCCCCAAAGCCCUGCAAUCCCACGUGCACUUGAGAAUGGACGCUUCUACGACUUAUGAGGACGUAAAGAACCUUGUGCUGUCGUAUGAAGUAAGUACUACUAAUUGGAGUGCCGCGCGAGUGCAGCAGGAGCUUGGUCUUGUCAGUCCCAGCAAAGGCAGUGCUUCCAUGGAAGUGGACCAAGAAGGUUCCGUGGCCCAAAUCAAGGGUCAGGAUAAGGGCAAAGGCAAGAAAGGGAAGGAUAAAGGGAAAGGCAAAGGUGAUAAGGGAAAAUCUAAGGAUGCCUCCCCCGAUGCCGAAUGCCACGACUGCCACAAGAAAGGGCACUACAAGAGAGAUUGCAGAAAGUACAAAGCUGACCUUGCUGCGGGCAAGGUGCGUGCCAUCACUGAGGAUGAUGCUGCUGCAGGUGGAGAUCAAGGAUCACCGUCGCCCAAGGCAGCCGCCAAAGCAGCUGUGAAGCGCAUCAUGUUUGACAUUCGUGCUAUGCCUGGUGAUCCCGCUUCCUCCUCAAGUGUUAGAGCGAUUCGUUGUGCAGUUUCGCAUGAGCCGUGCCAGUCAGAUCCUUGUGCAGUUUCGGAUGAGCCGUGCCGGUCAGACCUGUCCAUAGGCCGCGUUGAGUCCACUUUGGUCCGAUGUGUGCCCAGUGGCUGUCCUGCAGAGUUUGACAUAUCUAGCAGUGACCAUGAUGGCGAUUGGGAUCUCAGCCCUGUUUCGUCACCCAUGCGUGUAGCUGCAGUCAGCCGUCACAGCUAUGAGCAACAGUUGGAGAUCUGUGUCGACACAGCCGCCGAUGAGUCAUGUCUGCCUCUUGACUUCGUGUGUGUUGGGUCUCAUGCGUCAGGUGAGCCACCGCUUGUUGACUGCCAGGGCAACACGAUUCACACCAAGGGCAGCCGAUUGGCCACUUUGGAAGCUUCUGGAGUCGAGCUGAAGGAGCGCUGGGUUGUGUCGCCAGUUUCUCAGCCGAUUCUGGCCACGGGCAAGCUUGCUCAAGCAGGGCUGGAGGUUUCUUGA